AUGAAGCGCUCAACCACGAGUCUUGCCGUCCCAGUCGGUGCAUUGGCCCUGCUAAUCAGCGAUGUAUUGGCAGCCAGUAGCGGCGAGUUUAGCGUCCUUAGCAUGAACGUCGCAGGCUUGCCAGAUUUCCUUAAUAACAACGAGGUCCCCGGAGACAAGACCACCAACUCGGGGUUGAUAGGCACUAAGUUAGCGCAGUACGAUUAUGAUAUAAUUCACGUACAAGAGGACUUCAACUAUCACGCCUACAUCUACGAUGCGGACACGCACCCGUACCGUACGGCUACUUCGGGUGGUGUGCCCUUCGGCUCCGGACUCAACACCUUAUCGAACUUCGACUGGGUUGACUAUGAGCGCGUCAAAUGGGAAACCUGCAGCAUUGGGUCAGGCGACUGUUUGACCCCUAAAGGUUUUACCUUUAUGCGUGCCGCCAUCGACGAUGGUGUUUACGUCGACGUAUACAACCUACACACAGACGCGGGUAGCGAGAGCGGCGAUAUAACAGCACGUGCCGCCAAUCUCAAGCAGGUAGCUGACGCCAUCGAUGCCCGUAGUUCUGGCAACGCUGUGCUUGUAUACGGCGACACCAAUAGCCGCUACACGCGGACGGGUGACGGUAUCCGCAUCUUCUCGGAGCAGAACGGACUCACGGACCCUUGGGUUGAACUUGUGCAUGAUGGCACCAUUCCGAACGUCGAAACCAUUUGCGAAAAUCCAAGCACCACUAACGAAUGCGAGACAGUCGACAAAGUCUUUUACCGCGGGAGCGCGCUUCUCGAUCUGAGCGCUACGUACUGGAAUUAUGAGAGUACCAAGUUCCUACAGUCCAACGGCAGUAUCCUAUCAGACCAUAACCCUAUCACUGUGAAUUUUACCUGGUCAGCGGGAUCAAGUCUGCAACAAUCUGGAUUUUGGGGUGGCCCGCACGGUACUUGGUUUAGUGAUGUAACAUCGCUGUCGGGAAAGACGUCACCAAAGGUUAGCACGCUCACCUUCCGGGGCGGGGAGAGGUUAGAUAACGUUGGCCUAACGUUAGCUGAUGGCACGACGUUUACGCACGGAGGCGAUGGUGGCAAUGUUGCGACCUUAACGCUUAAUGCCAAUGAACACUGGACUAGCGCUCAGUUGUGCCAAGGCCAGAAGAGCGAUCAGACGCGCAACUUCUACAUAAAGGCGACAACGAGUGCAGGCCGGACUUUAGAGGCCGGAAAGUCUACUUCGGCUUGCUCGACGUUCACGGCGCCGGAUGGGUGGGGCAUUGUCGGCUUCUUAGGCCAGUGCGGUGAUGAGAUAGAUCAGUUGGCGUUCGUGUAUGCGCCGCAGUAG